AUGCUCCAAUUGCUCUCUCAACUACGGCAUAAGUGCGCUAUCGGAUACGUUGGUGGCUCCGACCUAGCCAAGCAGCAAGAGCAACUUGGUACUGCAACUACGAACGUGACCUCACUCUUUGACUUUUGCUUCGCGGAAAACGGCCUUACCGCGUUCAGGCUGGGGAAACCCCUGACGGGCAAUAGUUUCAUCCAGUGGCUUGGGGAGGAGAAGUACCAGAACCUUGUGAACUUUUGCUUGAGAUACAUUGCGGACUUGAAACUGCCCAAGAAGAGAGGAACUUUUGUUGAGUUCCGAAAUGGGAUGGUGAAUAUUAGUCCAAUCGGGAGAAAUGCCAGUGGGGAGGAGAGGAUCGAAUUCGAAAAGUAUGACAAACAGCAUAACUUCCGAAAGACAAUGGUGGAAGCGCUGAAGAAGGAAUUCCCUGAUUAUGGAUUAACAUUCUCUAUUGGUGGGCAAAUAUCCUUUGAUGUCUUCCCCACGGGCUGGGAUAAGACAUACUGCCUUCAGCACGUUGAGGCUGAAAAGAACAUUUCCGGUGUUGAGUACACCACCAUCCAUUUCUUUGGCGACAAGGCAUUUGAAGGCGGAAACGACUGGGAAAUCUACGUUGACAAGCGCACUACAGGCCAUGCCGUUAACAGUCCAGAAGAUACCAUGAAAAUUUUGAGGGAGCUUUUCAAUUUGGACUAG